AUGCUUCGCUUAGCGAAUUUCUGGGCCCCAGCAGUGCUGGGGCUAUGGGUCGUUUCGGCGACUCAGACUUCCGUGUCCGUCGCGCUGCACAAGCGAGUUGCGACAGUUGCAACAGUGAGGAAGCAUGCGGAGGCCAGCAAGAGCAGCGUGCAGCACAAGAUGGCAUAUUUCGGCACCAUACAGGUCGGAAACCCUCCACAGGAGUUUUCAGUUGUUUUUGACACUGGGAGCGGAAAUCUCAUAGUUCCUGGCAGUGAUUGCUCCAGCGAUGCCUGCACCAGCCAUCGACGUUUCGAUCAUAGGAAGAGCGAUGGAAUCAAUGCAAUCAAUUGCGAUGGCAGCAAUGUCUCUCGCGGGAUGCUGGCGGACGAAAUUACCAUUACCUUCGGCACGGGAAAGAUUACUGGCCAGUGCUUCACGGACUCCAUUUGUGUUGGGGCCGCAUGCUCCAAAGGCAACUUCAUUUCGUCGCUUGACGAGAGUUACACGCCUUUUGCCACCUUCUCCUUCGACGGGGUGCUUGGCCUCGCGCUGGACUCCAUGGCGCAGUCCAACGAGUUCAGCGUGAUGAGCCGCUUACAUGGCGCAGGCGUGCUAGCGCAGCCGCUUUUCUCUGUGUUUCUGUCAGACUCCGAUGAAGAGAAGUCGGAGAUCACCUUUGGAGCUAUCAAAGAGGAGCACAUGGCGUCAGAGCUGUACUGGGUGAACGUGGUCGGGGAUGCAGGCUAUUGGCAGGUUGAGAUCCAGGAUAUUUAUCUCGGAGAUAAAGCUCAGAAGCUUUGUCAGGGUUGCCGAGUGGCAGUGGACACCGGCACCUCCGAACUUGCAGGUCCAUCAGACAUCAUUGCCCGGCUGGAGGGGCUUCUGGGUUCGGGACAUGACUGCUCAAACCUGGAUUCCUUGCCGCACCUGGGCUUCUCUGUCCGUGGUCCCAAUGGCAAGCCCAAAAUUCUGUCCCUGUCGCCGAAAGACUACACAUCCGAGGGAUCCUUCGGUGGCUGCAACCUGUCCUUGAUGAACUUGGACGUUCCUCCACCCAAGGGGCCACUCUUCGUUUUCGGGAUCCCGUUUCUUCAGAAAUACUUUACGGUGUACGAUCACGAAAACAGCCGUGUCGGAUUUGCGGUGGCGCAGCACAAGGGCGAGAAGGCCGAGAUGCUGCUGGAGGUCUCCGAGUCCACGGAUGUGGAGCAAGGAGCCGGAGCUGCUCGACAAUCCUUCCUCUCACGCGUGCGGAGGUGA